AUGAUGAACCAAAUUAUCACUCUUUUCCUAACACUAGCUUGCCUUUCCACCGCCGCCGCCUCAACCGGAGCCGGCACCGGGGAAACGACGUGGCUCAAAACCUCGUGCCGGGGAAAUAAAGCCACCACGACGCUCCAUUUCUACGUCCACGACCCCCGGGCAGGCCCAAAUGCGACCUUGUUCACCGUUGCCAACGCCUCCAUCACUGCCACUUCCACCACGGGCUUCGGGCGGAUCAACGUCUUCGAUGACAAGGUCACGGUGGGGCCGGACAUCGGGUCCAAAGAGGUGGCUAGAUCUCAAGGAUCGACCAUAUCUAUGGACCUAAAAGUCUUGGCAUCCUCCAUGAAUCUCAACUUCUUCUUGACCUCGGGAGUGUUCAAGGGGAGCACCGUCACCGUCGUUGGCCGGAACCAGUUUUCGUUGGCGGAGAGGGAGCUUUCGGUGGUCGGAGGCACCGGGGCCUUUCGGAAUGCUCGUGGCUAUGCGAUUACAAGUAGCUAUUUUAAUGAUCCGGUCGAGAACUAUAGUGUGAUUGAGUAUUCGAUUUAUGUGACAACUCCUAGGAGAUGUUCCUAUGUCUCGAUUGAUUAA